CCGCCCCCCCGCCAGCGCGGGGCCAGCCUCCCCGGCCCUUCCCCCAGCCGUCGGCGUCUCGCCCUGCGCCCCGGCCGGGGCCCCACACACAAUGGACGAGCUCGCCGGAGGCGGUGGUGGCGGCCCGGGGGGGUCCUCCGGCCUCCGAGGGAGCGGGUCCCGCGGCAGGCCCCGAGCUGUCCCGGCCGCAGCAGUACACUAUCCCGGGGAUCCUGCACUACAUCCAGCACGAGUGGGCUCGGUUCGAGAUGGAGCGGGCGCACUGGGAGGUGGAGCGGGCCGAACUGCAGGUACCUCGCUGGGGUCGGUGUGCGGGACGGCUGCGGCGGCGGGUCCUCCGGCCUCCGAGGGAGCGGGUCCCGCGGCAGGCCCCGAGCUGUCCCGGCCGCAGCAGUACACUAUCCCGGGGAUCCUGCACUACAUCCAGCACGAGUGGGCUCGGUUCGAGAUGGAGCGGGCGCACUGGGAGGUGGAGCGGGCCGAACUGCAGGCCCGAAUAGCAUUUUUGCAAGGAGAAAGAAAAGGUCAAGAAAAUUUGAAGAAGGAUUUAGUAAGAAGAAUAAAGAUGUUAGAGUAUGCAUUAAAACAAGAAAGGGCCAAGUAUCACAAAUUAAAAUAUGGCACAGAACUGAACCAAGGUGAUUUGAAAAUGCCAACCUUUGAAUCAGAAGAAACCAAAGACACAGACGUUCCCACAGCGCCUCAGAAUAGCCAGUUAACCUGGAAGCAAGGCAGACAGCUAUUAAGACAAUAUCUUCAAGAAGUAGGUUACACAGAUACAAUAUUAGAUGUACGGUCUCAGCGGGUAAGGUCAUUACUUGGAUUAUCCAAUUCUGAACCAAAUGGAUCAGUAGAAACAAAGAAUUUAGAACAGAUCCUGAAUGGAGGUGAAUCUCCUAAGCAAAAAGGACAAGAAAUUAAAAGGCCUUCUGGUGAUGUUCUUGAGACAUUCAAUUUCUUAGAAAAUGCUGAUGACAGUGAUGAAGAAGAGGAAAAUGACAUGAUUGAAGGCAUCCCAGAAGGAAAAGACAAACAUCGGAUGAAUAAACACAAAAUAGGUAAUGAAGGUUUAGCUGCUGACCUAACUGAUGAUCCUGAUACUGAGGAAGCACUGAAAGAAUUUGAUUUUUUAGUAACCGCUGAAGAUGGUGAAGGAGCUGGAGAAGCACGGAGUUCAGGGGAUGGCACAGAAUGGGAUAAAGAUGACCUCUCCCCAACUACUGAGGUUUGGGAUGUAGACCAGGGACUAAUAAGUAAACUGAAGGAACAGUACAAGAAGGAACGAAAGGGGAAGAAAGGGGUGAAGAGGGUCAACAGGACAAAACUCUGCGACAUGAUAGCUGAUCUGGGAGAUGAUGAGCUGCCCCACAUCCCUUCAGGAAUCAUUAAUCAGUCUAGGUCAGCCUCUACUAGAAUGACUGAUCAUGAAGGUGCAAGAGCAGAGGAAGCUGAACCAAUAACGUUUCCAUCUGGAGGAGGCAAGUCAUUUAUUAUGGGUUCUGAUGAUGUUUUGUUAAGUGUACUGGGCCUUGGAGACCUUGCAGACUUGACGGUAACAAAUGAUGCAGACUAUAGUUAUGAUUUGCCUGCCAAUAAAGAUACCUUUCGAAAGACAUGGAACCCCAAGUAUACACUACGUAGCCAUUUUGAUGGAGUACGGGCAUUAGCUUUUCAUCCUGUAGAACCUGUAUUGGUUACUGCCUCUGAGGACCAUACUCUGAAACUUUGGAACUUACAAAAAACAGUUCCUGCCAAAAAGAGUGCCUCUUUAGAUGUAGAGCCUAUCUACACAUUUAGGGCCCACAUUGGUCCUGUUCUGUCAUUAGCUCUUAGUUCUAAUGGAGAACAGUGUUUUAGUGGUGGUAUUGAUGCAACCAUCCAGUGGUGGAAUAUGCCUAGCCCUAAUGUGGAUCCAUAUGAUACAUAUGAGCCAAACGUUCUAGCUGGCACUUUAGUUGCUCAUACAGAUGCUGUCUGGGGACUUGCUUAUAGUGGCAUAAAAAACCAAUUACUGUCUUGUUCAGCAGAUGGCACUGUUAGGUUAUGGAAUCCACAAGAAAAAUUGCCAUGUAUUUGCACUUACAAUGGAGACAAAGAGCAUGGAAUACCUACAUCGGUUGACUUUAUAGGCUGUGAUCCAGCUCAUAUGGUGUCCUCUUUCAACACUGGUAAUACAGUAAUUUAUGAUUUAGAAACAUCACAGUCAUUGGUGAUGUUUUCAUCACAAAUAGAUUCUGAUUUACAAUCCAGUAAUCACAUUAACAGAGUAGUAAGUCACCCCACACUUCCUGUUACAAUAACUGCUCAUGAAGAUAGACACAUCAAAUUUUUUGACAAUAAAACGGGUAAAAUGAUCCAUUCUAUGGUAGCUCAUUUGGAUGCUGUUACAAGUCUAGCAGUAGAUCCUAAUGGAAUCUAUUUGAUGUCUGGAAGCCAUGACUGUUCUAUUAGAUUGUGGAAUUUGGACAGCAAGACGUGUGUGCAAGAAAUAACAGCACAUAGGAAGAAAUUAGAUGAAUCAAUUUAUGACGUUGCUUUCCAUCCAUCAAAAGCAUAUAUUGCCAGUGCAGGGGCCGAUGCCCUUGCCAAAGUAUUUGUGUGAAUCAAAGAAAACUCACAUCAUAACUACAGAUUUUCUUGGACAGGAAGAGGGUCUGCAUCACUGCCAUCAAAAAAGGUUACUGAUAUGACACUACAUGUGAUCUGCCUGGUGAAGGUUAUUUAGGGCAGGCAUAAAUUGGUGGAAAUCACAUCUUAAUGUCAGGCUCAUUAAUUUAAUUGUAAUUACUGUAUUUUGUGGGACAAAAAAAGGACUCCACUAUUUGUGGCCUGUACUGGAUAUGAACUGAGCAUAUUUCUGUUUUUUAUGUAUCUUUAAGCCAGUGUGGAGUCUGAUCUUACAAAAGGACUUUUAUUUUGGACUCUGUGUGCUGCCUUAGGGUUAGGAAUGUGGUGCUCUUGUUGGGGGGAAGUGAGCUCCAAGAGUAGUUUUUUUCAUCUCUUAGUGAUGUUCUGUUUAUCAGUUGAAUGCCACAGAUUCCCUUUUAAACUUAUUUUGCUUUAAAAGAAAAAAGGAAAAUUUAACUUAAAAUAUUUUAGCAUUAGUUGCACAAAAUGUUUGGAUAAAAUUCUAGUUUUUAUAAGUCUUUUUAUAUAUUUAGCCUGUCACAACAGUGCUCAAGAUUGUAUUGAAGUUUUUCUGCU